GUCCACACAAAGCUCGGGAGCCUGAAAGGUGAGUAUGUGAGUGUGAAAGGGAAGGAGACUGGCGUCCAUGCCUACCUGGGUGUCCCAUUUGCUAAACCACCCCUCGGCCCUUCCUUGAGACUGGCUCCACCUCAGCCUGCAGAAAGAUGGGAAGGAGUAAGAUAUGCCACUAAACAGCCACCAAUGUGCAUACAACCUGAACGAUUUGCUUUGGCACUGCUUGAUAAACUUGGUUUCUUGUUGGCUGAUAUCCCAGACAUCUCUGAAGACUGCCUUUACCUCAACAUUUACACUCCUGCUAACAGAGCUGAUGAUGCCCAGCUCCCAGUCAUGGUCUGGAUCCAUGGUGGAGGCCUCACAGUAGGAUCAGCUUCAACAUAUGAUGGAUCUGCCCUGGCUGCUUACCAGGACGUGGUUGUGGUUCUGAUCCAGUAUCGCUUGGGACUUCUGGGGUUUCUCAGCACUGGAGAUGAGCACAUUUCAGGGAACUUUGGCCUGCUCGAUCAGAUUGAAGCUCUCAGGUGGAUCCAGCAGCACAUUCACAGCUUUGGAGGAGACCCAGGAUUAGUUACUAUAUUUGGAGAGUCUGCUGGUGGAGUGAGCGUGUCUCUUCUGGUAAGAAUCUACAGUUAG